AUGGGCGUCAAGAACAAUAGCUCGACUCUCGUUUGGUUCAGUUGUUUUUUCUUAACAUUGCCUUUCAUCACUGUGAAUGCCAAUGAUCUUGAAACAGAUGACGAAACUUCCUUCUCCUACAUUGUGGGGGCUAAGACCGGACCUGAGAAUUGGGGCACUCUUAACCCAAAUUGGACACUUUGUGGAACUGGAAAAAGUCAGUCACCAGUUAAUAUCCUUGAAGUGAAGCUUAACCGUUCACUUGGUGAUCUGAAUAAAAAUUAUCAGCCAGCCGAAGCUCUACUCAGAAACACAGAGCAUAAAAUUGAGGUCAAAUGGACAGGAAAUGCGGGAGGUAUCAUAAUAAAUGGUGAUGAGUUUAAAUUGCAGCAAAGCCAUUGGCAUAUUCCUGCAGAACAUACUGUGAACGGAGUUAGAUUUGAUAUGGAGUUGCAUAUUGUUCAUGCCAACUCGGGAGGAGAUAUUGCUGUUGUUGGUAUUUUGUACAAGUUAGGACAGGCUGAUCCUUUCCUUGGACAAUUUUUACAAUAUUUGCCAUUGGCUACUCGAGAAGGAUAUCCUUUGGGGAGUGUUGAUCCAUCAAGUAUCAACAUUUCAAGCAGAGAAUAUUACAGAUAUAAUGGUUCUCUGACAACUCCUCCGUGCUCUGAAAAUGUUACUUGGACAAUAUUUAAGACGGUGAAAACAGUCUCGAUCGAGCAAAUAGAUACGCUAAAAGAUGUUAUUCAUGAUGAGAAUACAGGAAACGCAAGGCCAAUUCAACCUCUAAAUGGAAGAACUGUAUACAUCUUUGAACCAGAACCUUAUCUUCCGUGA